AAUCUCGAACUUUUUAAAAAGUGCUCCUCGGAUACAGUAGCAGCCUCCCUCUCUCUUCCCCCCUUAUCUAUUACCGACCGUUCCUUAUCUACCACAAUUCAAAUCCUUCUUUCUCCUCUCUUCCGUUCCCUUUUCCCUUUCUCGUAACUUUUCCUUACAACUACUCUGCAAGCAUUCCGACGUUCCUAUCGUUGUUUCCAUUCUUCUAGAGACACGACACACUCUCUGUGUCUCUUUGUAAUUUCUUUGUAAUUUACAAAGCCACCAUGGGUGCUUGUUUCAGCAAGAAGAGAGGGUCUUCUUCCUCUCCUUCUGUUGCUGCCGUCUCUUCAGCGGCAAUGGCACUUCCAAACACUUCCCACAACGACGAUGCCACAGAUUGUGAAAAUAGUACCACCCACAAAGUUAAAGCGGAGAGUGGUGAGCCAAAAAUGAAGAUGAAGAAGAAGACUGCGCAGGCGACUCAAGAUCAAGACCAAAAAGUGGAAGAAGAUGAAGGCGGCCCAGUGAAAAAGGAGAUUUUUGUCAUCAAGCACCGGAAGAGCCAUGACGGUAGAGACAGAGGAAGAGAUUCUAGAAGCCCACCUCCUCAACAAGAUGCUCCAUUAGUACCGCACGGGCUUACCCCUACUGCUGCUGCUACGACUACAUCUAAUGAAUCGGCAGAUGAAUCAAUUGGCAACAAGGUUACCCAAGCUGCAGCAGCGGGUGUGGGUGUAAGGACAUCAAGUUGCACGAAAGAAGAGGUGGAUGCCAUUCUGAUUCAGUGCGGAAGGCUUAGCCGAAGCUCUUCCGGCAAGGCUACUACCUCUUCCGCUACUUAUGACCGUAGCAGAAAGUACUCGGGUUCCAAGAGGAGCUAUGACUUCGACGAGGUUGUUGCCGCUGAUGAUAAUCAAAAGAAAGCCAAUGUCAUUGAGAACAAUGACUUGUGUGAGGAGGAUGAAAGACGACAACACCGACAACGCCACCGCCAAUCACCGAGGCCUUCUUCAUCUUCUCAAGGUAGGAGAAGAACACCCAGCAGAGAACGAGACCAACAACAGCGCUCAAGCAGCCGGGAGAGACGAGUGAGCCGAUCCCCCGGUAGACGAUCGUCUGAAACCACCACUCCUGCUAGUACUACGACUGGGAGUGCACCUGCUACAGCAAAUACUGCCAAGAAUGGAAAUAGGCCAGGAAAGAUGGUCUCGGUCCCUGCUACUGUUUCAUCAUUGGUGAUGGAUAAGAGUAACAAUGGUGGAGGAGGAGAAUCUGCAACAGCCACUGCUGUCAAGAGGAUUUCAGUUAGGAGAAAUGUUGGCAGCGAGGCAGUGACGGCAGGUUCAAGGGGUGCUUCAUCGCCACGGUCCCAGUCCCCAGCAAGAGCAAAUGCACAUACAAAGAUUUCCAAUGACAAUCAGCAGCAGCCGUCACUUAGCCGCAGCUCUUCAAGGAAAGCAGAGCAUUCUCCUUGCAGAAGAAACCCAUUGAGUGAGAUCGACCCCAACUCCCUCGCAUAUCCACAACCACUCAACAACAGUAGCAGCAAUAGCAAGGUACUAAAUAGAAAUAAAAGAGACAAUGAAGGAGAAGGGGGGAUGGUUCUCAAGGAUUCCACUAAUGUUCUGAAUCAGAAACCAAAUCCUGAGAUAGUAAACAGUAUGAGCAACAGAGCUGUUGUUCAAGGGACGAACUACAAAACCAGCAGCAGAGGUCCACUGGACAACCAGGUUGUGACUGUCAAUUGCAUACCGAAGGAAAAGCGGCAACUGACUGUGGAAGAAGCUCUAGAAAAAUCAUCAAUGACCGGCCAUGUCGAUGCUGAAAGCCUGAACCCACAGAAGUUAACAAGAAGCAGGUCCUCUAGGAGAUCGCGAGACCUAGACCUCAAUCCCGAAACUUUGUUGAAUCCUAACCCGUCCUAUACUACGCUGUUGCUAGAAGAUAUCCAGAAUUUUCACCAAAAGAACACGAAUACAGCUUCUGUUUCCCUUCCAGCUUGCGUCACCAAGGCCUGUUCUAUCCUCGAAGCUGUUGCUGACCUGAACUCCACCACAAGUUCUAAUCUGUCCUGUGCUUUCUCUGAUGACAGAAAAAGCCCCCCAACAUAUCAAUCUAGCAGGACUGCCUACAAUAUUUCAAUGGGCAAUCCUCUUGUCGGGAAGAUGGUAGCAGAGGCCAAAGACCCUUUCAUAGAAUCUGAGAUAGCCGUCAGCGACGAUGUAAUGGAGCCAAGCUUUCACAAGUAUGUAACAGUGAGGAGGGGUUGUGGAUUAGGUGGAGAAGAUAUGGAGGACCAAGAAUCGUCGGGUAGCAACAGUUUUGUCAGCGGGGGUCAACAACAUUGGGGCUUUUCUUCUUCUUCAUGGGAGCCCAAUUCUGCUGAUUCAACUGACUGCUGGACUUCAAGAUUGAACACAAGAGAGGAAGAUCAGAAGAGGCCACAGGGGAGUGUACUAUCUGAACCAGUUAGCAAUAUGGAUGAAGCUAGCAAGAGAUUGAGUGGGAAAAAGAGAGACUGUGAACCCCAGCAGAGCCGUGGGAUUGGGCGUGGCAGGCUUGGCGUCACCAGAGGUCUACACACGAUUCCUGUUGUUGCAGCAACUGCUGCAUCCACAUAAAGAUGUUUUGAAUGACUUUCCAUUUGAUUGUAUUUACUGAUUGGAGAAGAGGAUUCUCCAGUUUGUGUUUGGGGGGUUGCAUACUUGCAACCAUUGUAAUUUGUAAUGUUUACUUUUGACCCCCUUUUUUCAGUCAUCCUUCACAACAGAUUUUAUCAUUUGUAAUGUAAUGUUUACCAUUGUUUCAGUGCA